GUGUGCGUAUUUUCCCAAUAGUUACAUCCAUUUCCUGUGCAGUGUUUGUGGUGGUGUGUGAGUGACACUUCCUAUUACCUAUGCCGCGGUGAUCAAGGAUUUAAACGGGUUUAAAGCGGCACUGAAAUCAUGGAUAAACUCUCCACCGUCCAGCCGGCACCGGUCGGGUCGGUGGUGUGUGGUGUGACGGACGUCAAGUUUUCCCGCCCCCUGCCCAGUUCCUCCUUCAGCAUAGAGAACCUCAUCGCGGUCAAACGUCGGCGUAGUGCGGGCGCUGGAUCCUCCUCACCCGAGAUCGAUCCCGGCGAUCAUCAUGGGUCGUGUUCACCGCCGGCAGCAGGACCAAACGUCCCACCCGGUUAUGGUAGUCUCCUGCUGGAAACAUCCCAACAGCAGCAGCAGCAGCACCAGCAACACUAUCUAGCUGCGGCUGCUGCCGCCGGCUACAGUGCGGCCAUGCUUUCUUUCAGCUCCUUUCCACCACUGUACCAUCCGUGGAGUACGGGACUGCCGACUGCUGGGCGCUAUCUGUCCCAGGCAGCGAAUGAAAAAUUGUCCUCCCUUCUGUUUCACCACCACUCGAGUGGAGGAAAUAAAUCGCACCCGGGGGGGAUCGAACCCUGCCCGGGGACGUACCCAGCGGCCGAACAGCCGCAGUCGGGUGGUGGUGGUGUCCUACCGACGAGACCGUCCAGUCCGAGGGGUGCUCGAAGUGGCGAUAAAUUGUUCCCAACCGAGGUGGAUCUGCUGUCGAAGGUGUACGCUGUCUACCAUCACCAGCAGCAGCAGCAGCAGCAACAACAGCAGCCACGCUACCUCACACCGUCCUCACCGGGCACAGGAUAUACUACUACUGGAGCAGCGUUGGAACCGAAUGGCGUGAAUCCUGGCACCGGGAAUGGCCAACUCCAUCACCAACCGCAGUCGCCGGGCGAAACGAUUGACCCGGGCAGUGACGGUGGGCCGGAGGAUGAGGAGCGAACACGCCCGACCAUCGAGGACGGGGGCGAGAGUGCGGACGGGUCGGCAUACAGCGAUGACAUUAGUCUGACACUUUCACCGUCCGGAUGCGGCAAAACGACCGAUCUCGGUGACAGCGACUCGGACGCCUGUUCCGAGGACGAUUGCACACAAAACUCGUCCUCCUCUGGGCGGGCGGGCAAAUCGGGCAGCGGUGCGGAAAACUCCAAAUCCCGUCGCCGCCGAACCGCCUUCACAUCGGAACAGUUGCUGGAGCUGGAGCGAGAGUUUCAUGCCAAAAAGUACCUCAGCCUUACGGAGCGUAGCCAGAUCGCGACCAGCUUGAAGCUGAGCGAGGUGCAGGUCAAGAUCUGGUUCCAGAACCGUCGUGCCAAGUGGAAACGGGUCAAGGCGGGCCUCAAUUCACACGGUCUCGGCAAUCGCAAUGCCAGUGGGUCCGGCACCGGUACAACCGGAACGGCGAACAAGAUCGUUGUGCCGAUCCCGGUGCAUGUGAACCGAUUCGCUAUCCGAUCGCAGCACCAGCAGAUGGAAAAGAUGAACCUGGUUGGGCCGAAGGCGGAACUAAGGAAGGCUGACCUUGGGCUAGCGGAAUCGGGUGGUUUCGAGCGUUUCGGGCUGAACAAACACCUCUCGAAGGUAGUGCCAUCCGCGGAAGUAACCAGCAACAGGGUGGACCCUGCGUUUUCAGCAGGACCUACACUACAAGCAGCACCAGCACCAUCAGAGGGUGCCUCAAAUAGUUCCAUCGAAAGUAGUGUUACAGGUGGUGGUGGUGCUGGUGGUGGUGGUGGUGCAGGAACAGCAGGCAUUGGAGUGGGGUUCCAGUUGGGUAUGGGGGUGUGUUCACUUGCUGCCCCACCGCACAGUGCCUCCCACCCGGUCGCUCUCGUAGUUAAUCCGAAAACAUUCUAAAAUAUGUACAGUACGUGAUCGGGAGACGGAAGAAGCACUCCACUGUUUCUCACACUAAUUGUAGUUUUGUGACAUAGCAACGAUUAACUCUAACCCAUUCUCUCGUUGGGAGGGGGGUUCUGUGAUGGUGAUGAAAAGGAAGUGAAAUAAUGCAUCCCUCAGUUCAAUUAAAGUGUGUACAGACUUAUUGGUGUUGUGUUGCAAUUGCACAAUUAACAACAGGAACAACAAGUACAUCAUGAUGGUAAAUUCUGUUCAUUGCUGAGUUCGAAGCUGCUGGUGUGUACAAUUCACCCAAAAUUAACAUCAUUUUCCACGUUAGUAAAUCAACGCUAAUUUCUGUGGCAUUAAGUGCAUUGAAAUGAUUAAUUAAUAAACUUAAGCCACACAAACUGCAGCUUCCGGUAUUGUGUUGUGAAGUGGAAUAGGUGGCGAUGGUGGUAUUAAACGCACACACUGAUUACCUAAAUUGAUGAACAAGUAAGGGUUAGAAGUGAAUAAUUGUGGUUUGAAUUUUUA